UGUGCACGACUCUUUAACUUUAGAUGCUCGGAUGGUUACAGGAGCGCUUCCAAGUGCGCAAAAAAAAAAAGUGCCUACUGCCAUUCAACCGACUGAUGCCCCCCUCUCUGUUUGAGUCGCAGUGAAUCAUGUCACGCCGGAAGCAGAAGCGACCCCAGCAUCUAGUUAACGCGGAUCCGGGGGGCCCACGGCUGCUAUCUCACGAUGAUCACCUGGGCAUGAAGUCACCAUCCACAUCUCUUGGCUCAGAAGUAACCUCAUCAGGGUCCUCCUCCUCAUCCCCCACCUCUCUCCAAGACUGCCAGCCGCCUCUGGCCCCUCGCCCAUCCCCUGGUGGGCUCCACGCGCCCUCCUUGCCCAGCGAGAGCUCGCCUCCUCCCCACUGGCCCAGCCACAUAGCCCCCUUCACCACCUCCCUCCCCAACACCCACUCUUCCCUUUCCCCAGACUUUCCGCACCCCUCGCUGUCAUCCCAGACUCACUCACCUCCUCCCUUGGGUCAAACCUCAGGUUCCCACAACCUGUCCCACCAAGGAAACUCUCACUCCACCAUGACCUCCCCAACGAUGGGCAGCUCAGCCACCACCACUACCUCGUCCUCCUCUUCCUCAUCCUCUUCUUCUCAGUAUGUGCUGCCUCGCCGCGACAGCUCCAGUCCAGGUCAUCACCAGGCCUCCAGCUCUCCUGGGCAGCAGGGACAGAUCCAGGUGUCGCCGACCUUGGCUAUACUGCUAGAAGAGUUGAGGGUUUUACAGCAGAGGCAAAUCCACCAGAUGCAGAUAACAGAGGAGAUCUGCAGGCACGUUCUAAGGCUGGGGGGUGCUGUCUUUGGCCAAGAUAAUAACACACAUGCCAGUAGUGCAGACAGCAACCAGAAGUCUAUAGGAGCAGCAUCUUCAUCACCAACACACCCCUCCACUGCCACGGCAGUAAGCACAGCCUCAUCGCUUUUGACUGGACUUCCAUCUUCCCUCUUCCCACAGCCCUCCAUCUCUAAAUCAGGUGCUUCACAUGUCAAUGGUAGCAGAGCUCCAUCCUCCUCUACCUCUUCCACAUCUAUUUCAUCCUCUAUGAGCUCCUCUGUUGCCUCCCUACACCCUCUGUCCUUGUCAUUGGGCCUACCACCACGCUACCUCCACGAGAAAUCCUCCAACACCUCCUCGUUUGGUCAUAGCAAUAGUCUCAGUUUCCCCACCCCUCCCCUUCCUACCGCCAGUCAUUCCCAGGAUCUCCAGCCCAGCUCCUCCCUGGGCUCAGCUUCCUCAGCAGGACGCCCUCAACAUGUGUGUCGUUUUUGUGGGAAGGUGUUAAGCAGCGAUUCCUCACUCCAGAUUCAUCUGAGGUCGCAUACAGGUGAAAGGCCCUACCAAUGUCCCGUCUGCUUGAGCCGUUUUACAACCAGAGGGAACCUCAAAGCCCAUUUCCUGCGACACAGAGAGCAGAACCCGGAGCUUUCCCUCUCUCUGCUGCCCCCAGCACUGACGGAGCAAGCACUGAGUGUUCCCAGUCCCAUCCAGAGAAGGAGAAAACGGCGGACUGAUGAUGACGAGCCAUUUAAUGCAGUGAAAGGAAGCAUUCCUGGGAUGACAGAGAACAUGGCUUUAGGAUUCCUGUCUGGUGCGUCCACUCGGCCAUCGCCUUCCUCUCUACCUCUGCCCCCGUCAGUGGACAUGGCAUUGCUGUCAACAGCCCAUUCACUGCUACAACUGAAUAGAGCCUCGGCUGCAGCGGCUGCCAGCGCAUCUGGCACAGGACUGCCUUCGUCCUCGUCCUCGUCCUCCGCCAUGGGCAGCCAGUUCAAAGGAGCAAAGCAGCAGCGAUUUGAUGAAAACACACCUCCUCACUCCGCCCUCCAUACUACCUCCCCAUACUCCCAACUGGCCCACCUCCCCAAGAUUCUCUUCCCUGAAGGUACCUCCCCUCACCACCUUGCACUUCUCCGGCCCCCAGGUCACCCAUCUGCCUCCCACCUCACUUCGCCUCAUCAGCUGCCCUUCCCAUUUCCACCUUUCCCCAAACCAUCAACCUCCUCCCCGUCUUCAUCUUCCCCCACCACCUCUACCCAGACCUCAGACACCUCUAAGUUGCAACGCCUAGUACAGAAGCUUGAAAAGCAGCCACAGCGAGGUGCCUCUUCUUCCUCCGCCUCCUUACUUGCUGAAUCACAUGGGGACACAUACGGCCAUGACCUGUCCACCACCUCCAGUGCCUAUCGCAGGGAAAUGUUGGCUGCUCUCGGCCUGAGCCCAAGUACCAAUGCUGCUGGACUAAUGACCAGCCAGGGAAUCUUAGGUUCUGGCACUACAACUACCAUGACUACCCACUCUCUGCCUACCGGCCAGGCUGCUAAUCAGUGUGGGGUUUGCCUGCGUGUCCUCAGCUGCCCCAGAGCUCUGCGCUUGCACCAGGCCACACAUCUGGGAGAGCGCCCCUUCCCUUGUAAGCUGUGCGGCCGUUCCUUCUCCACAAAGGGCAGCCUCAGAGCCCACAUGGCCACUCACCGUGCAAGACCGGCCAACUCCCGUGCCUUGAACUCCUGCCCGUUGUGCCCACGCAAGUUUACAAAUGCCUUGGUUCUUCAGCACCAUAUCCGCUUGCACCUGGGAGGGCAAAUACCACCUGACGAAGAUAUGCCUCCUGAAGAGGCAGCAGAAACAGAGAAUGCCGUUUUCAAUGAGCGUGUUAAUAACUCCCCAUCGAAGGCACCACAACUCCUUCCUCUGGCCUUAACAACAAGCUCCAAGUCUCCAAUUAAUGCUCUCAACUCAGGGUCUACUUCUAAGAAAUCCACAGCUGCUGAUGCCACUUCUGUGAAGAUGGAAGAGUCAGAGGGCUCCACACCCAGUGUUAGCCCACCCCUGACCCGUAAUCCCCCCUCAGUGGGAGCCGAGGACCCCCUGCGUCUGGGAGACAACACCCUAGCUGAUGGUAGCCCCAUGAACAGUGCCAUGUACUCGGAGGAGGAGACCCAUGCUGACCUGGUCAACACCAGUCCUUUCAAAGCACCCUUAGCUGUAGUGAAUGGAGACGCAGAGGCAGAUGACACCCCUUUAUCUCUAUGUGUUUCAAAGCCUGGAGUAGAAAAUGAUACGCUGCAUACAGGGGUUAAUAAUGAUGAAGCCUGCUCCACAGACAAACCCACCACAAGUCCUGAUUCCAACCCCGAACCCCCAGCUGCAAAUCCCUCACCUGCACUCACCCCACCUGCCAGCCCCAAAGCUAUCCCUGAAGCAGAAGAGGCCUGUGGCAGUGUAACGCAGGAGGCACAAGAGAGUGACGCUGCCCAAAGCAAAGGCAAGAGUGAGACUAUCGCACCCAAAGAGCCUUUGCCAGUGCUGGAUUCAGAGCCAGAGAAGGAUGCUCCAAUGGAGGAGGGUUACGGAGUGGAGGAAAAGCCUUCAGAGGACCCAGAGCCCUCAGUCCCAGUACUGAACACCCAGCCUUCUCGCCCCGACAAACCCUACAGCUGCACCCAGUGUGGAAAAGCGUAUGCCAGCAGGAGUGGACUGAAGGGCCAUAUGAAAACUCACCCUGGAGCUUUGACCAAUACCCCCUCCAAGGCUCAAACCAAUGACACUGACAUUGCGGAGGAUCGCUGCUCAGAUUCAGCCAAUAAGAACCCGGGACAGCAAGAAGAAAAUCAGGGAUCGGCUAAAUCCCCUGAGAAAGGGGACAGCACAGAUCCUCUACCGAUCGGGGUUGUUUCAAGUGUGGAGCCUAUGGACACUACUGUGUAGAGUUAGUAUUGUUAAGUGGCUGCAGUCAGUCUUUAAAAGGGUCCUGACAAGGGAAUGUAUUUUUUUUUUUUUUUUAUAUAGAAUGAGAUUUGUUUUCUUGAGUCAUUAAUUCUAAUUCAUGUUUACCUUUUGUAUUAGGCAGAUAGAUCCAGUUUUUAUUCUAGUAACAUUGCAAGAGAUUUGUGAAUGUAGUAUUUUAGCUUUGUUAUUUUUGUAUUUCAAAGACCACAGUGAGGCCUUAUCUUACACACUUCACAGAAUUGUCACAAUGAGAAUUAAUUGUUUGCGCUUUUGUCUGCUGACACCUAUUUCAGCACAUAUUGUAUAAGCUGAUUUGAAUAAGAGGGACGAUCCAGCAUUUUACAAGAUGAACUCCAAACCAAAACAGGCCAAAUUAGUAAUGGCCGAUGUUUGUAAAUAUGAGCUGCGGUUACAUGUUAUGCCUUUUUAUUGUUACUUUUUUUCUUUCCUUGUUUUGUUUUUUAAUGCCAUGCUGCUGAAAGCAUGUUUCUGAUGUGUUGAGUUGCACUGUGAGUUGCACUGUGUCGUGUGCUUCCGAAACAUCUUCUUAAACAAACACAUUAGCAAUGAUGAUAACCACGAUGGUAAUAAUAAUGGCGAUGAUUGUGUUAGAUUAUCAGUACUUUUGUGAGAAGUCCUUGUACUUAUAGCUGUAACAUUUGCUAGCAGCAAAUGACCUUAUCCAUACUGAUGAUUGUAAAUGUUUUUUCUUGUUGUCGACACUAUCUUCAGGGUCAAACCGACAACAAGGAUGAACCCUGUCCGUUGUAAUUCCCCAUCCUUUAUCUUUCCUUUUCCCCCUCUUCCCUCUGCUCUCCUCUCUCAAAGCACUUGAGAGUUUUCUGCUACUGCAGAAAUUGUCUGCACUCACUGCAUUCCUGCUUUGCCCAGUUUAGUAUUUGUAUGCCUUGUAAACCCUUUUUUUGUAGCAAUGACAACAUAUGUUCCCAUGCCUCCCAUGUGAUGUAUAAAAGAUAAAUAAAACAAAGGCAAUGUGAA